AUGGAUGAGCAAGCGGCAAUAAUCACAGCAGAACGGCCGCACCUUUUCACACUGAAUGACGAUUCUGAAGCUGUACUCAUCGGCAUAAUCUACAUUACUCUUUCUGUGAUUAUGAUCCCAUUUUACGCCAUUAUCAAUUGGGUGAUGUGGAGUGAUAAAGAUAUCCAACGAAGUAUGGUAUUCCGAAUAAUGAUUCAGAUAAAUAUCAUCGACUGCGCCCAACUCAUAUGUCACUUUCUCAGUGGUUUCUUUCCGAUAUAUCCAGAAAUCAUCCAUCGCUCCCGAUUCUUUUCCAGUUUCGUUGGUUCAACAGUGAACAGUUUGUGGCAAGCGAUGUUCCCUUAUUUGUGUGUAUUGUCCAUCACACGUGUUUUAGUUAUCAAGAAGAGAAUGUCGCCUACUGAAAAACUCACACUUCCUCUGAAGAUAGUUCUCGUCUUUGGAUGGGCUUUUAGUGCUUCAGUAUGGUUAUGGUCAUGGUUUGGUAUGGCUUUCGUUUUUGGGACCAUUGGUUGGGAAUACGAUUUUGCGCAGUGGAGCUCCAUCUACCUGAAGAUUAUCGAAAUCGCUUGGUGCUGGCCAGCUAUAUUUAUUUGUUAUUUUCUACAUCUCGGGAUUAUUGUAAUAGUCGUGGGCAACAAACAGCUCACUGGUUCGAAGUCGCGCAGGGAGGAGAAGCUAAUCUUUUUCCAAGCAACUGUUCUGAAUGGGUGGAUGCUUGGUUUGAUGGUGGCUUGGCAUGGCUCAGGACUUUUGGGACUCACCAAGAACUAUCAGCAAUGCAUAAUCAACUGUGUGUGGAUUCUCUUUUCCUAUCUCAAUCCCAUACUUCUAUUUGUGCUGAAUAAGUAA